UAACAGACAAGGUGUUAGCUUUGCCUUUUGGGUUUCAUUUCCUUUGCUUUUCAAAUUGGUAAAAUAUUUAAAAACUCUUUGGUCAACUAGCUAAAUGCAAUUAAUAAGUGGCAACAUCGUUUCCUUUCUUUCAGAUUUAUAGUAAAAUAAGUUCGGAAUGGCAGACGCUGCGCCGUCCACUGCGCCUAAGGCGAAAACGCCUAAAACUAAGGCACCCAAAGAAAAAGUGGCCAAGGCUGCUCCAGCAGCUCCUGUGGAGCCCACAAAGGUCCUUCGCAAAGCAUCAAAGCCCCGCCACGGCAGGCUGUACGCAAAGGCCGUAUUCACAGGAUAUAAGCGUGGUCUACGCAACCAGCACGAGAACACCGCUCUCCUCAAGGUUGAAGGAGCAAAAGACCGUAAUGAUGCAGUCUUUUAUGCUGGCAAGCAUUGCGUCUAUGUGUACAGAGCUAAGAAGAGGACACCAAUUCCCGGAGGUCCCCGUGGCAAAAAAACCAAGCUGCGUGCUAUCUGGGGCAAGGUGACCCGCCCACAUGGCAACUCUGGCAGUGUCCGAGCCAAGUUCAAGUCUAACCUCCCUGCCCAGGCUAUGGGACACAGAAUACGAGUGGUGAUUAUCUUUCAGAUCAUUUACAUUUCCGUGUGCUUCAACUAAAUCUGUUCUAUGUUGUGAAAUUAAAGUAAUUCAAAUUAUUUACUCCUAAAUAGAAACAAUCAAAUGAGAAAUAAAUUUAAAAAUGAAAAUAAAUUUCUAUCUGUAUGAUGGAAGAAUACUUAGAUCAGUAGGACUGAUUAGCAGCUUAAUUUUUCAUUGUUUGUUUUCAUAAUUGUUAAGACAUGGUUGUAAGAAGGAUUUUUUAAAUAUUAGAUUCAGAGUGGUUCACAGUGGUAGGCAUUGGUUUGGCUCUGCUGCUGGAACUGUUGAUGUUCAUAAACAGCGGUAACCACCAUCAGGUAUGCCGUAUGCUCAUCUGCCUAUGAAAGCAAUAAAAAAACUUACUAGUAUGUAUGAAAGUUUUUACUAGUAAGUAAUAAGUAAUGAAUACUUGCCUAAUUGUUUAAUAAACAUCUCACAUGGACAAUUUAUCUGCCAGGUGCAAUGUUUGCUGCAUGAAUAAUAGUCGACUUGAUACAUUGCUUCCAAAUGAUGGCUUGUGACAUUUGAAACCUGAAAUAUGUUAUUAUGUGGACAUAGUAUUUGACUGACUGACUUUAUUUUAUGAAUUAUAUUGCAGCAAUAUUUUUGUUUAACAAGUUAUUGAAAAUAUAUCUUUGUUGCAGAUGCUGUAUCCUUCCAGGAUCUAAGAACCUUCUGCUAAUUAUAAGAAUAAGAAUAAAAUCCAAAAAAAAACAAA